GAUGUACCCGACUCGCCUCGAGCGAGCGAUUCGCGAGAUCCUCCCAAUCUCCGUUCUAGGGUCUCGAGCAUGGAUCUUUGGCGGAGAGUUGCUCCCAAGACAGCCAGUCGACAACCGCCUUGACCUUAUCGAGCUCACGUCUAGCCAAGGUGAGCACCGGGACCAACAUCAGCAGCUCCCUUAAUCUCGACGGCCAUGGCAGUUGGAGG